CAUUUGGCAACACUGCCGUUGAAUGCAUCUCAUUUGUGCGUAAUUAUCAAUCAAAAUUUUGUGAGAAUUACGUAAUUAAUAAUAAUACAUAUUAAUUCAUCGAAAGUUUAAUUAUAUUUCAUAGAAGAUUAUAUUAAAAAACUAAUAAUGUGAAAAGUCGACGAAUAUCGAAUUGGUUAAUGUCAACCUGUCAAAGUGUAAUAAAAUUACUUUUUGAUAUAAAUAACUUUCGAACGAACUAUAAUUUAAUCAACAAAUAGGAAUUAAUUUUUGGGCUGUAAUUAGAACACUGCAUGAUAUAUGUUGUAAAAUAGUUGCACUGUAAACCCAAAAACAGAAAACAAUUGCAUGACAUGGCAGCCUACCUCAACCGCACAAUAUCAAUGAUGUCAGGGGACGGUCCUCACAACCGCCCCGCCGUCACCACUGUCUUGAGUGAUCACAGAAGUGGACGAACAUCAAUUGACAAUUCGCCUUUGCAGAUUUUUGUCAAGGCUAAGAAAAAAAUCAAUGAUAUUUUUAUCGAAAUUGAGGACUAUGUCAAAGAUACUGUUGAAUAUAUUCACGAGAUUGAAAAGAAUCAACAAAUAAUAACAAAGGAGAAAAUUGCCCAAACCGAGGAAUUUGUGAAUAAAGUACAUGGAAUUAAGGAUGUACUUUGCAGAGAUCACAUGAAAGUGGCUUUUUUUGGAAGGACCUCCAAUGGAAAAAGUUCAGUUAUUAAUGCUAUGUUAAGGGAAAAGAUUUUACCCAGUGGAAUUGGACACACAACUAACUGUUUUCUUCAAGUUGAAGGUUCUACAUCAGAAGAACCUUACUUAAUUCUUGAAGAUUCAGACAAACACUGCCCAGUAGAGUCUGUAGGGCAGCUAGCUCACGCGUUGUGCAAGGAAAAACUAAACGAAUCCCAAAUGGUUAAAGUGUACUGGCCCAAAAAUAGAUGUUUGUUGCUUAGAGAUGAUGUAGUGUUUGUAGACUCACCUGGUGUAGAUGUUACCCCAAAUUUGGACGAAUGGAUUGAGAAACAUUGUUUGGAUGCUGAUGUUUUCGUUUUGGUUGCUAAUGCUGAGUCAACAUUGAUGGUUACUGAAAAGAACUUUUUCCACAAAGUGUCUAUGAGGCUUUCAAAACCCAAUAUUUUCAUUCUAAACAAUAGGUGGGAUGCCUCAGCCUCAGAACCCGAGUUUUUAGAUCAGGUAAGAAAGCAACAUCAGGAGCGCGCCAUUGACUUUCUUGUAAAAGAGCUGAAAGUGUGCACCCCGAAAGAGGCGGAAGAAAGGAUAUUCUUUAUAUCCGCCAAGGAGGUCCUGCAAACUCGGCUGGCCGAGCAGGGCCAACAAACCACCACGCCUCUCACGGACGGUUUCCAAAACAGAUAUUUUGAGUUUCAAGAUUUCGAGAGAAAGUUCGAGGAAUGCAUCUCUAAAUCAGCCGUAAAAACCAAGUUUGAGCAGCAUUCGCAAAGAGGGAAAUUCAUUGCAAAUGAACUUCGCGAGAUCUUGGAUUCGGUAUACACCGACGCUAUUCGAUUCAAGGAAGACAAGAUGUUCAACAAGAAGGAACUUCACGAUAAAAUCAACUACACCGAGCAACAGUUGAUGAUAAUCACGCAGGAAAUGAAACAGAAAAUUCACCACAUGGUCGAGGACGUUGAACAGCGCGUAUCGAAAGCUUUGAACGAAGAAAUCCGUAGAUUAAGCACUCUAGUCGACGAAUUUAACCUGCCCUUUCAUCCUGAGCCUUUGGUUCUUAAUGUUUACAAAAAAGAGCUUCAUCUUCACGUCGAAACUGGUUUGGGUUCUAACUUAAGAGCAAGACUCUCAACAGCUUUAGCUUUAAAUAUGGAGGCGAGUCAAAGAGAAAUGACGGAAAGGAUGGAUACAUUAAUACCGGAAAAUAAAAGAAACACCAGCAACAUUAUAUUACCCAGAAGGCAACCUUUUGAAAUUUUGUACAGGCUUAAUUGCGACAACUUGUGCGCUGACUUCCAUGAGGAUCUUGAAUUCAGAUUCUCUUAUGGCAUCACCACCUUGAUUCAGAGAUACACCGGCGGUGGCAGCGGUAUUUUGGCGUUGAAAAACGGGCGCGAAAAUCCCAAUAGCUCGUUGAUCCCGUCGACGCCAACCGACAUCGUCGACAACCGCAUGCUCUACGCGUCGACAGGCAUCGACGAUUGGUCGUUGCUGUCGCGUUUGGCGCUGAUGGGAGCUGGAUCGCAGGGCACCAUGGGUUGCCUUCUGGUUGCCGGAUUCCUGUUCAAGACUGUUGGCUGGAGAAUCAUUGCUGUUUCUGGUGCCAUAUACAGCUGCCUGUACUUCUACGAACGUCUAACUUGGACCAACAAGGCAAAGGAGCGCUCAUUCAAGAAGCAAUACGUCGCGCACGCUACCAAAAAACUAAGGAUGAUCGUGGACCUGACUUCUGCAAACUGCAGCCAUCAAGUUCAACAAGAACUCAGCGGCACGUUUGCCAGGUUGUGCCACUUGGUGGACGAAUCGACCGGCGAUAUGGAUAAAACUUUGAAGGAGCUGGAAUCCGAAAUUGCAACGCUGGAAAAUGCCAGUAGUAGAGCUAAAGUUUUAAGGAAUAAGGCAAGCUAUUUGGCUCACGAGCUUGAGCUGUUUGAAGAUGCCUAUCUUAAAAUACAUAAUUAAUGAUGAAUUAGAAUUUUAUAUGUUAAAUACAAGGUGUACCUGAAUGUUUUUCUACCUUUUAAGGCUGCAUAAUUUAUUUUUAAUAAAAUUAUUUUAAAAGGGUAAAACAUGCUGGAACAUCCUGUAUAAAUAUAAUAACCGGUGAUUUUUGGACUGGUUUUACUUUAAAUAUGUUUAUUAUGAAAUUGUUACCUAAUCAUGUCCAUCAAUCCAGUGACUUGCGCAGAUUUUGUUAUUAUUUUCUGCGCAAGUGUACCUAUUGUAUAGUAAAUAAUUUAAACCGUUAAUUCUUAUUUAUGGUUUGUUAAAG